AUGAACCACAAGAUCAUGAUCUGAGCCAAAGUUGGAUGCUUAACCCACUGAGUCACCCAAGCACCCCUUGACCUACUGACUUGCUUCUGAAUAGACCAUAGCACAAGUGAUGAGAUGCCUAUUCUGAGAUUAGGCUAUAAAUGACUGUGACUUCUCUAUUGCUUGCUCCAUUUUUCUCUGAUGAAGCAAACUGUAAAUCAUGAACUGUCCUAUGGACAGGCCCAUGUGACAAAGAGGUGAAGGCAGCCUCUAGCCAGCAGCAGUGAAGGAAUUGACUCCUGCCAAGAAUCAUGUUAGUGAGCUUGGAAGUAGGCCCUUCCCUAAUCUAGCUUUCAGGUGAGAUUGCAGCCCCUGUUGGCAUCUUGGUUACGUUUUAAGAGAGACCCUAAAAAAAGGAUCCAACUAAGCUAUGCCUGAAUUUCUGCCCAGAGGCACUGUGAUAAAAUACAUGUAUGAUGUUUAAGACACUAGCAGUAAUAGAUAACUAAUAUAAAUCUAUAUACCGAAAAGCACACAUAAGUGCAUGGCUUGAUGAACUUUUAUAAACUGAACAUUCCUGUGAAACAAGUAGGUAGAUGAAGAAACAGAAAAUUAUCGGAAUCCUAGAAAACCCUACUCAUAUUAGCUUGUAGUAGUCAUUAGCUGAACUGUCCUGUUCCCCUUCCCUGGUCAAAAAUAACCUCUAUCCUGACUUCUGAGAGCAUACAUUUGCUUUGCUUGUUUUGGUACCUUAUGUGAAUGGAGUCAUACAAUAUGUAAAAUAUCUUUUUUUGAGCAGAUUCUCAGAGAGAUCCCUUGAUACAUUUAGAACCACUGAGAUGCAUGGAGAGAGAGCCAAUGAUUGACAUGUUUGUCAGUAGUUAUCAAUCACUGUCUUGAUCUGAGAGUAGGUGAUUUGAUUUUAGAAGAGAAAUAUUGGUUACUGGACAGAAACUGUUCUAGAACAGGAGGAGCAAUUCAUUCAGUGACCAUGGUUUUGCAGCCAUGUGCAGUGAGUUAGUUCCUUUUGUGGCGGGUCUCUGCUCCCCAUGCUAUUUUUUGUCUAUAAUUUGAUUUCCUGAGAAACCAAGCCCAGAAAAAAAUAACCACAAUUAGCCAUAUUUAAAACUCUCCAUGAACCAACACCCCAGUGUUUGGGGUUUUAUUUAGUCUUUCACAAGGUUGGUUAGUGGGAGUCAGAGCCCCUAGAAUAUGAUUAACACCAGAUGUAAUAAGACUGAAUAUCUAAGGGCACCUGGCUGGCUCAGUUGGAAGAGCACCCAACUCUUAAUCUUGGGGUUGUAAAUUUGAGUCCCACAUUGUGUACAGAGAUUACUAAAGAAAAUAAAUAAUAGUUUUAAAAAAAGACUGAAUUUCUAGAUCUAGUUGCUAACAAUAAUGGCAGUGUGCUUACUAUGAUUUAGGUUCUAUGUUAAACACUUUACAUAUAUCACUUAAAAACAAGCACACCCUUAUGUAGUUAUUAUUUAGAUAUUUUGUAAAUGAGGAAACAGAGAUUAAUCAACUAGCCUAAGAUCAUGCUCAGAUCAUAUAGCUAGUCAGAGGCCAACUGGGGAGUCACAUACAGUUUCAUACACUUCCACUUUGAGUUUUUAGCUACUGAACUGUAGUACCCCACAGAGCUCAAGAUCAAAGUCUUCUUGUGACAGUGAAGAUCCACUUGAGUAGUCAGCUAUAUUUCUUAUCCCUGCCAUUUAUCUGUCCAUCCAUUCAGUGAUCUGUUUAAUCACCAUUUAUCUACCUGCCAUGGUCUGAAUGUUUGUGUCCCUCCAAAAUUCAUAUGUUGAAAUCCUAAACCCUCAUGUUGAUGGUAUUAACAGACGGGGGUCUUUGGAAGGUGAUUAGGUCAUGAGGGUGGGGCCCUCAUGAAUGAGAUAAAUGCCCUUGUAAAAGAGGCCCAAGAGAGCUCCCUUGUCCCUUCCUACCAUGCUAGUAUAUCAGAAGUCUGCAACCUGGAAGAGGGCUAUCACCCAAACCAUGGUGGCACCCUGAUCUUGUACUUCCAGUCUCCAGAACUGUAGGAAAUACAUUUCUGUUGUUUGUAAGCCACCCAGUCUGUGGCAUUUUGUUCUAGAAGACUGAAUGGAUUAAGACAUCAUCCAACCUUUCAACCAUCCAUCCAACCCUCAUCCAUUCAUCUAACCAUCCAUCUAAUCUCAGAUACCAUGUGGCUAUCCAUUCCAUAAAUACCAAGGGCUUCUUCUAUGCUGAUUCUAUUCCAGGAAGAGGCUGAAUGCAGGGUUGACUAGGAUACAACAGCUUAGGUUCCCAAUAGACUUGAAACUCCCUGAGGGUAGAAUCUCUUGUUUUUAUAUCUUCAGUACAUAAAAUAUGAUUUGGCUCUGUAUUCCUUUCCAAUCUUAUUUCACCAGGCUAUGUUCUUGCUCAUUCCUCUUCAACAACACUGGUCUCUUUCUGUUUCUGGAAUGAACUAAGCCCCCUUUGGCCUAAGGACUUCAGCAAUUGCUGAAGUCAUACAACAGUCAAUAACUGGCUCUGUCUUAUCCUUUGCAUUUUAGCUAAAAUGUCUUAUCACCAGAGGGACUUUUUCUGACCACCUUAUCUAAAGAAGACACUCUCUGCCCCUCUGCUAGAAAUGAUUGCUUAUCACUCAUCCUGUUUUUUUUAUGGCAUUUCUCACAAUCUGUAAUCAUCUUGUUUACUCAUUGCUUAUUUUCUAACUCCCUAAUUAGAAAAAUAAGCCCCAGGAGGCCAGGCAUUAAGUUUCUUAUGUUCUUUCUACAUGCCUUCAGCCUGGUAAGCCCAGUAACUGGCACAUAGUAGGUCUUCAAUAUUUAUUUGUUGAAUAAAUGGAUGAAAGAUGCAUGAUUAGAUCUUCCCAGUAUUAACAAGCUUGAGGAGUACUACAAAACAAACCUGAAAGAUAGAGGAGGAACAGAGAGGGCCUCGACAGAAAAGCAGAAGGGGUUACGCUUGAUGUGAACAUAGAGACCCAGUAGAGGCUCUUGGGUUGCAGGAUGAAAACAGUGAUUUAGAGGGAGGACUUGGUAUGCGGCAGUCUGCCAUAAAUGCUUAAUUUAAGCGAUUCACUGCAGCAUCUUGCGAUGAAUUACUGUAAGAGUUAAUCAGGUCCUAGGACCUGAGCUGUAUUUUUUUCCUUCUGAGAGGUUAUACAGUGUGGGAACUCAGCAUGGAUCUAGGAGUUUUAUAGAAUUAUAUGUAAUAAUUAAUUGACUAUAGUGAAUUAUAGACCAAGUGAUCAUGGUGAAAACCCUGUAAGGUGGGAUCCAUGUCUGUUUACUGCAGGCAUCUGGCCUGUAGGAGAUAAAUUAUUUGUUCAAUGAAUGAGUGGAAUAGUCAUGCACCUUGGCAGAGGUGUGUUAGAUUGGAUCUGCUGUUAGGCGUGUGACCUCUGAGAUCUUUAACCUGGCUAAGGGUCAGUUUUCUCAUCUGGAAAAGAGGGAGAGGAUUUAAUUCACAGGUUUUUAAAUGAGAGCUUAUGGGAAAAAUCUCUGACACAGACUGGACAGUCAGUAAUUUCAUUUCCUUCUGCUACUUUGGAGAUGCUAAACCUGCCCUGACUAGGAUUUCCUAUUGGCUUUUCCCAAGAGCCCCGUGACUUGAAAUAGUUAGAACAUAUGGUGAUAUUUAGUUUUUUCCAUUUUUGGUCCUUUUCAAUGUAAAAUUGGAAUUUUGUCUCUGAAAUUUACUAGCUGAGUGACCUCUUUGUGCUUCAAUUUAUCUCUAAAAUGGGUGUAAUAGUACCUACUUCAUAGAAGUAGCAUAAGGAUUAAAUGAGAUGCUAUACUAAGGGUUUGUACUAGGGCCUGGUACACAGGUGCUCAAUAAUUGUUAGCUAUGAUUAUUUAGAAUUUCAUUUUUUACUCUCCUUAAUACUGUCAACUUUUCUCUCCUCCCUCUGUUGGCAAUCGCAGUGCCUACAACCUCUUCUGGAGAAUAGGCUGAUUCUGAGGUGCAAUCUGAAAUAAAUGGCUUCAGUAGAUUCUUCUAGACAUAACAAAUGAAGAGACUUAAAACGGGAAGAGCGUUAAGGUGGGAGCAUUAGGACACUGAAAAGAGUUUUUGAGCCUGUGGCAGAGAGCCCAGGAAAGAAAAAGGUUUAAGCAAGGAACCAGGUGCGUCCACUUUCCAGUGAAUUUGGAGACAGCAAACAAUGUUCACAUGUAAGCCCCUAAAUGCCUCAGGACUGCUCUUUGGAACAUUCAUCAGCUGAACACAGUAUGCAUGGUGUCCCUCCUCUUUUCAUUAGCAUUUUCCUACUUUGAAAAAAGUAGGUGCAUUGUUCCUAGAAAGUGGAGAGAAGUCAAGGAAAACACUCCUGUGUGUGGGCUGGAGUGUCUGUCACGGGGUUAUGGAGAAUGUCUUGCACAUCAUUCUAUCUCCAACACCUAGCACGGUUCCUACCCUAGUAGGAGCUCAAAACAUGUUUGAAGAAUUAUUUUCAAACUUUAGAUGGCCUUCCAAAGAAGCUUGUCGUGCCUACACGCGGCCGCAAGCAGGUCCGCGCCUAGAAAUAACAUUUAUUCUAAGGGCCUCCGCGCAGGGAUUCUUGGGAAGCUGUUCCCCACGCAAACUCCCCUUACUCCUCCCCUCGGUCGCCUUUGAAAGAACUAGCACGCUACGUGAUUCUCUCCUUUAUCCCACCUCUGAAAGCCUGACUGAUAAUGGGCAAGAGCGUAGACCAACCAUAAAACUUUAUUUCCUCUUCCAGCCAAUAGAAAGAGGCGACAAGUAUGUGGCUCAGCUUUUGUGACUUCCCUCGUCCCCUCACUCCUCCUCUAAGAUUCAACAUUUGACAACUCAUCCCGCCAAUGAGAAGUUCCUACUCUGCAUGGGAGGGAGGGACUGACUGGGUGAUAGACGCCCGCACCUGGCCAAUGGAGUAUCACAAGUGAGGGAGGGGUAUAGGGCGCAACCAAUGGCGCGGUGCCAAUAACGAGCAGCAGGGAAAGGGCGGGACGAAACUGUUCAAGGGAGGGAGGGGAAGGCCCAGGGAAUCAAGCAGCGCUGCUGCCGCCGCUGCAGCCCGAGCUGGAGGAGGGAGAAGCCAGGAAGAAAAUGGCGGCCGUGGCUGCAGAGGCGGCAGCGACUGCAGCGUCCCCCGGGGAGGGGGGCGCCGGCGAGGCCGAGCCGGAGAUGGAGCCCAUCCCCGGCAGCGAGGCUGGCACUGACCCCCUCCCGGUCACGGCGACUGAAGCAUCUGUGCCGGACGGCGAGGCCGACGGGCAGCAGUCUUCUCCCCAGGCCGACGAGCCGCCGCUCCCGCCGCCACCGCCGCCGCCGGGGGAGCUCUCCCGCAGCCCGGAGGCGGCGGGGCCAGAGCUGGAAGCUGAGGAGAAGCUGCCCGCUCGGGUGGCGGAGCCGGCGGCAGCCGCGCCUCAGGGAGGGCCCGAGCUUCCACCUUCCCCUGCACCGCAGCCCGAGCAGCCCCCCGCUCCCGAGGAGCGCCAGGAACCGCCGCUGCCCCAGCCCGCAGCCCCGGCGCUCGUGCCGCCGGCGGGCGGGGACUCCGCGGUGUCGCAGCUGAUUCCCGGCUCGGAGGUGCGGGUCACGCUGGACCACAUCAUUGAGGACGCGCUCGUCGUGUCGUUCCGUCUAGGGGAGAAGCUCUUCUCCGGUGUCCUCAUGGAUCUGUCCAAAAGGUUUGGGCCCCAUGGGAUCCCUGUGACAGUAUUUCCCAAAAGGGAAUAUAAGGACAAACCUGAAGCCAUGCAGCUCCAAAGUAAUACAUUCCAAGAAGGGACGGAAGUCAAGCGUGAAGUGAACGGUGCUGUUCCUGAUGACCCUUCUCCAGUCUCGCCUCCCGAGCCGAGCCUGGCUGAAAGCCUGUGGACUUGCAAACCACCACCUCUCUUUCAUGAAGGAGCACCUUAUCCUCCCCCUUUGUUUAUCAGGGACACAUAUAACCAGUCAAUACCUCAGCCACCUCCUCGGAAAAUCAAGCGACCCAAACGAAAAAUGUACAGGGAAGAGCCUACUUCAAUAAUGAAUGCUAUUAAACUACGACCCAGGCAAGUCCUGUGUGACAAAUGUAAAAACAGUGUUGUUGCUGAAAAAAAGGAAAUUAGAAAAGGUAGCAGUGCAAGUGACUCUUCUAAAUACGAAGACAAGAAACGGAAAAACGAAAGUGUAACUGCUGUGAACAAAAAACUGAAAACUGACCAUAAAGUGGAUGGGAAAAACCAAAAUGAAAGCCAGAGAAGAAAUACUGUGGUUAAGGUUUCCAGUAUUGCUCACAGCAGAGGCAGAGUAGUCAAAGUUUCUGCUCAGGCAAAUACAUCAAAAGCUCAGUUAAGUACUAAAAAAGUGCUCCAGAGUAAGAACAUGGAUCAUGCAAAAGCUCGGGAAGUGUUGAAAAUUGCCAAAGAAAAGGCACAGAAGAAGCAGAGCGAAACCUCUACAUCCAAAAAUGCACACUCAAAAGUCCAUUUCACACGUCGAUAUCAGAGUCCUAGCUCAGGUUCCCUUCCACCCCGGGUUCGUUUAAAACCACAGAGGUACAGGAAUGAAGAGAAUGACUCUUCUUUGAAGACAGGACUUGAGAAAAUGCGGAGUGGCAAGAUGGCACCCAAGCCCCAGUCUCGCUGCACCUCCACCCGCUCAGCAGGUGAGGCCCCUUCAGAAAAUCAGAGUCCCUCAAAAGGCCCCGAAGAGGCCAGCAGUGAGGUUCAGGACACCAAUGACGUGCUUGUGCCUGGUGAGCGGGAUGAACCACAGACACUGGGCAAAAAGGGCAGCAAAAGCAGUAUCUCUGUUUACAUGACCCUAAAUCAAAAGAAACCUGACUCUUCCAGUGCUUCCGUGUGUAGCAUUGAUAGCACAGAUGAUUUGAAAUCCUCCAACUCUGAGUGUAGUUCUUCUGAAAGCUUUGAUUUUCCUCCAGGCAGUAUGCAUGCACCUUCCACCUCCUCCACUUCCUCCUCUUCAAAGGAAGAGAAAAAGCUCAGUAAUUCCUUGAAAAUGAAAGUCUUUUCCAAAAACGUCUCUAAAUGCGUCACACCAGAUGGCAGGACCAUAUGUGUAGGGGACAUUGUUUGGGCCAAGAUCUAUGGCUUUCCUUGGUGGCCAGCCCGUAUUCUUACUAUAACUGUGAGCCGGAAAGAUAGCGGCCUUUUAGUCCGACAGGAGGCCCGUAUUUCAUGGUUUGGGUCUCCAACAACCUCUUUUCUUGCUCUUUCGCAACUCUCCCCCUUUUUAGAAAACUUCCAGUCACGCUUUAAUAAGAAGAGAAAGGGCCUGUAUCGCAAGGCUAUCACAGAGGCGGCUAAGGCUGCCAAGCAGCUGACCCCUGAAGUGCGGGCUCUGUUGACACAGUUUGAAACGUGAACAUGGACAGUAAGGUAGGCAAGAACCAUCGGAAGGCGCCACAGAUUUUCUAGUCUAGUUAGGAGUAACUUCUACAAAAUAGCUUGGCCAAAUCGGAGAGAGAAAUUGUACUCAGUUGGCUGCUUUUUUAUACUUACCUUAUAGCCAUUUUUAGACUGAGAAGCUAAAAUUGAACAAGCAAUCAAUUUGUCUUAAGGAAGUGAGAUUUCAGCAGUGUUUUUCAGUUUUGAAGUCAAACCAUCCCAAGGCAUAGGAGCCAUAGCCUCAACUGAAAAUGAAUUUUUGCAGGGACUGUUAAUUGCCAUUUGUACCUUGUACUGUAUGUGUGUAUAUUUAUAUAUAUAUAUACACACACAUACAUAUAUGUGUGUAUAUGCAUACAUACAUAUAUACAUACAUACACACAUACACAUAUAUAUGUAUGUGUGUGUAUAUAUAUAUAUAUAUAUAUAUAUAAGAUAGAGCCUGUCACUAUGUGACACAGGUUGCAUAUUUGGGAUUGCAGUAAGGGCUGGUGAGCUGGGGGCGGGGGGUAAUAGUGUGGAUAUUUAAUGACGUCUUGUUUUUAAUUAAUGAACACUUAGCCUUUCUAUGUGCAUAAUGGCGCAAGAGUUUGAUACUUAGGUGUUUGACAGACUGAGAUGCUUGCUAUUCAGUUGCAGACUGGGGAAAGAGCCCGGUAUUUGGGGUUAAGACUUUCAAGGCUGACUAGGUUUUUGAAUCAUCACUCUCUUUUGUCCAAUGGGGAUUUAACAAAAACUUUCAAAUUUCUGGUUUGGGAGUUUAGGUAGGUUUGUCUUUGGAUGUGUAAAUAGUUGAUUGCUAAAUUUGGUCAGAUUUCUCCUGACUGGCUGUUCCUAAAUUCUUAGGAUACGUCCUGGUAAAUUACACUUUGUGAAUUAAUUGUCAUAUGUGUAAUUGUUGCAUUUUGGAUGUACCUAAUUUGAUAAUUUUUAAAAGAUAUUUCCGUUUAAGGUAUCUGUUUGCAGGUCAGAAAAUGAGAAAAUGUAAUUGUGUAAUGCUCUGAAAUGUAAAAAAAAAAAAAAAAA